GCACUUUCGACUACAUCCCCACACUUUAUUUAAUACUACCUUGCUUAUUUCUAUUCGAAGGGCGGACUUCAUGAUGCUCGGAACAAAGCGCAAGCAUGAUGAGACGCGUGAAAUUCGAACACGGGCUUCCCUUGCCUGUGACACAUGUCGCCGACAAAAAGAGAAAUGUGAAGGUGGCCAACCUUGCUGGCGAUGCGAGAGAUUGGGUCGUCCUUGUCAUUUCCAGCAACCACCGAAUCGACCAUCGUUCGAUGAAAGGAUAGUACGAAAGGAGAGUAAGACUAACAAUGUCCCUAAGGACGAUGGCCGACGGGUCGCAAAAUUGGAAUAUAUCGUGCGACACUUUCUCGGGGAUGUACCUCUGGAUGAAAAAAACAUCGCCCGAAUUAUUGACCAGAUGGAAGUGCCGUCGAAGGAUGAUCCAGAGCAGGAUGAAAUAACAGAGGAAUCGUUUGAUGUCCGUUUUGUGUCAAAGAAUACAGCUCACUAUUCCGGGGAGUUUUCACACUGGAACUUUUCCCAGAAACUCCAUAACAAAAUGAACUGUCAAAUUGAUAGACUCAACAAAAAUACUUCAUCCAGGGGGACAGGUUUGAUCAAAGAUUAUUGGAGGCCGACACAGCUCCAGUCGCACUCGAAUAUCAUAUCCGACGCGGUCGAUCAGUUGCCACCAAGACCAGUGGCUGAAUUCCUCGUCAGUAUAUUCUUCGAAUAUGUGCAGCUCAAUUGCUUCUACACGGAAGAAAGUUGGAUCAAAGAGAAGCUCGACGUCUGCUAUAAUCCCCGUGCAGAAUAUGUGGCCACUGAUAUAUCCUGGGUCUGUGCCGUCUUCAGUGUGUUGGCCAUUGGCAUUCAGGUUGCCCAUAUGGAGGAGAACAAGAAGGAGGAACAUUCAGAUGCAGUAUCUGAGUCUGCGACUGCCUGUGAAGAUUCAGUUGGGCUUGCAUUCUACCGUAUUGCAUCCGGAAUGGUGCCAGAUGUUAUAGCCAUCGCUUCACAUGAGAGUGUACAGGCCUGUCUGCUUCUCGCCACGUACACUUUACCGAUAUCUACCGGUGGUCUGGCAUAUACAUAUCUGGGUCUGGCUAUAAAAAUGUCAGUCCUCAAUGGUAUGCAUCGUCAGUAUGUGGGAAGGGAGUGCGAUGACAGAACAAUUGAAUUGCGAAAUCGUCUUUUCUGGACAGCCCAUAGCCUGGAACGAAAUAUAAGCAUCAUGCAUGGACGCCCUGGAAGUAUCGCCAGUUCGGAUAUCAGCGUGCAACUGCCACACUUAUCGCCUUCAUUCGAAUCGCCCAACUUUGCAAACAUGAUGGCGUAUAUUCAAUUGACAUCGUGGUUGGCCAGAGUGGCCGAGACACUGUCACAACUUAGAAAAUGCCCCAGACGACUUGUUUCUGACUAUUUGGCACGAACGAUACGACUCCGAACGACUAUCCGACAAUGGUGGGACUCUCUGCCAGAAGACAUCGAAUGUCGAGAUAUGAAUCCACAAGGACCUCUCUUCCGACACAACUCCCAUCUAAAGCUGUGCUAUCUUCUUAUAUUUAUCUACAUGGGUCGUCCUUUUAUAUUCUAUCAUAAUGAACACAAAAGGGAUAGUACUGUCCAAGAAUCAACAAUAGACUCGAGUGGUGGAAAUCAAACAUCACGCUCAACAUUGACCGAAGACUGCGUGCAGAGUGCCCUGGUGAUCAUCGAUGCAUUACAAUCGCUAUUGGACAACACUGGACUGUGCCGUGCUUCAUACACGGAGUUCAGCUCAUGUCGAGCAGCCCUUCUUGUGAUUCUCGCCGAAAGUCUCAACCGUCCAAGAUCCAAGAACCUCCGAGAUGCUCUCACCCGUGGCAUGAAGCUAAUUCGGAAGAUGAGUGGAGGGUGCUCGACUGAGUCUGAAAUCUCACUGAUUGAGUCUCUCGAAGCAGCGGUUUGUCAGUUAUCUUUGUGGCAAGAGGGGAAUGAUGAAUCCAGCUCUGGGACUGAACAGGGACCUAAGUCAGCAUAUGCUCAGUUCAAGAGUUGGACUCAAGCAAUGAAAGGAGCAGACUCUACUGGGAGUGCUGUGGAAUUGUCUUCUUUUAGUCCUCGAUCACUCAUGACGCCUGGAUCAGAAGGUCUCUACAAUACAGAGAUGGGCAAUAUGCUUGACCUUCCCCAUCUCGAGUGGACAGAGAAUGGCAUACCUGGAUUUGAUGGAAAUUUAUUUUCAUUUCCAGAUGAUUGACAGGGAGGACAAAGCUCAUUCAUUGAUUGUAUUCUAGCCAAACACCAUGUAUUGUGCACGCUGUACCCAUGUUCGCCUCUCGCUCUGUUCUCGUUCUUUCCGCUGCUCUUUUGUCAUGGCAUCGAAUCGAUCCUGUUCGUCAAAUGCCAGAGCCUGAUCAAAGCCCAUGUCCAUCGGUUUUACUAUCUUUGUUUUGAAAUAGAACUUGUAUACAAAGUAGU